UCUAGUUGUAGACCGUGGCUGAUUGAUGUUGUGGGGUCUUUAGUUCUCGAAAAAUUCAGGUAAUAAUCUUGAGUUCUUGUGUUUCUGUUUUCGUUUUGUAUAUGAAUUUUGAGAAGAAAACAUCGUGUCGGUUACUUACUUUUCGUCGAGGAAAGAAUCAGAAAGCGAAUAAAGACAUCAGCAUCGGAGGUGGACGCCGAGGGUUCUUGUUCUGUCAAGAAGAGGAACUACACGAGCAGCACUACUUCUACCCUGCAUCAUGCCAUCUUUGGAUCAACAUCUUGGUGGUACCACUUUGCACGACCCUCUAGUGGGAGCUGCUGCAGGGGUUGGCCUUGCAGGAGAGCAGGCUAUGAAUAACAUGAAAGACAAAGAAAUUGAGCUGAAGCAGGUUGUUGUGGACGAUGCUGCUGCUGCACAAACACGAGGCAGUUCGUCCUCCAACCCGCGGCGCCCCGAGCGGUCCAGCAGUGCGGCCCGCGCUGGUGCUGAGGACGGAGAAAAUAACGGGGGCAACGGAGACGGUGAGGCACCAACCCGCACGCCAUCCGUCCUAAACGCUGUCGCGUCCCUGCGGUCAAUGAACCGCUGGCAGAUUCUGGAGCUGUGCGUGAAGCACGGGCUGCGCGCCGGGACUUUUCUGUUCCUGCCCUGGAUCAUCAUCUUCUGGUUUGGCUUCGACCUGAUCCCCGUGAUUCUUGCCCUGUCGAUCCUCUCGUUCGGGUAUACCAACGGCGAGUACCAGCGGUACGUGCUGAAACAGCUGGAAUUCGCGGUCACCGCACUGAAGGGGCAGAUCACGCACUUGGCCGGGGAGAACGAGAAAUUCGCGAAGUCCAACGAGGACUUCAAAAAAUCAAACGCGGAGUUUGUCAAGUCCAACGCCGCUUUGCAGGAAAACAACGCGAAUUACGCGAAAAACAACGAGGCCAUGCGGAAACAGAACGACAAACUGGCUAGUAAUGUUUUAGACUUGGAGAAAACGAAGGAAAAACUGAACGACAACGUGGUGGCUUUUCAGCAGGAGAACGAGGAGCUGGCGGCGCAGUUGUCCAAAUUCACCGGGGAAGUGGACCGGUUGGGCGACACCAGCAAGCAACUGGAAAAGCAGGUGGACUUUCUGAAAAACGUGAACAAGACCAUUUCCUCCAGUCUCGUAGACGCCACGACGCCGGAGUUGGUGACGGCUUUCCAGUAUCCACUGCAAAAGUACCGCACUCGACGCACUAAUCGCAGUCAUGCAUUACAAAUCUCCCUCCCAAGCCAAAACAGCAUGACAAAUUCCAUUCGUCAUGCUGAGCAAAUUUGUAUUGCGACUACUUCUACUACUAGUGCGAUGCUUUUGCAAUGCAUAUCCAGAAGAAGAUGGAGGAAGCCAUGUCGGACGACGGGAUCUUUGGAAAAAUGAUGCUCCCUAUCACAGGAAAAAGCGUUAACGUUAACGGAAUUUGUGACGCAGGACCGCAUUAGAAAUAGAAAGGGAAAGGGUAGCUAACUUUGUAUUGCAUAGCAUGCAUUCUAGGAAACAUCUGUCAUGCAUAGCUGAAAUCUCUGGAAACCGUUAACGUCAACACUUUUUUGUUUCAUACUCCCGUUCGAGAAAACGCAGAAAAAGUACGUGGAGGUGCUAAAGCAGUUGACCGAGCUGACCGAGUAUUCCCUGAAAAUUAAGCAUCCCCAUCCAAUUUUUCAUGCAAAACAUGCGAAUGAGUUUUGUGUUUGUCAUGCAAAAAGUGGAGGGAGAUGGUUUGUUUUCAGGGAAUACCGAGCGGCAGGAACACAUGGCGGAGGAAGAGGAGCAGCGCCGCGAAGAGCACGAAAAACGGGACCGGAAAAUGCAACUCCAAAUGGAGAAACUGUUGAAGCAGCAAGAGGGGUACCAGGGCUUCGCGAAGCUGCUCGACUACGCGGAGGACGUGGCCGGUGACAAGAAGGGCGGGACGGAGUUGGACUUCUUUCUGCCGAAAAACGACGAGAAAAAGCUGGUGAAAAAGUUCAAGGACCUGAUGGUGGAACACCUGAAUACCCACGAGCGCGCGCGCAUCUCCGGGUGCAGCAACGUCGGUUUGUUGGAGGACGCCGCGUCGCCGGCAGUGGAUGGAGCUGCCGCCAACGAUCUGCUGGGUUCUGCUACCGGCACAGCAACUCACGACCCCCGUGCCAGUCCGGGCGGUGGUGGAGAUCAGAAUCCAUCUGGAGGUCUUCAUGGCGCCGGGGGCAAGAAGAUCCGGCGGGGCUUUUCGAAGCUGGAAUCCCAGGAGUUCACGAAAGUGAAGCAGUUGACGCACGCAAUGCUGACCGAGCGCAUCGAUCUGUGGAAGCUGGUGAUUCCGGCGUGGCGGGAGUACGUGACCAUUUCCAAGGCGGAGAAACGGAAAUCCGUGACCAGCACCGUGAAAAGCGACUUGCUGAAAAGCAGCAACGGGCAUAUGUUGCUAAACAGCUCUUCCGGUGGGCCGGCCUCGAGCUACACGCUGUCGUCUUCGGCGGGAGCGGGUAGUUCUUCUGGCUCUUCUUCUUCGUCCGGCGGAACUAGUCGCGCGAGCCGCAGCAGCGGGGGAAGUUCUACCUCGCACGAGGACUCUAGCAACGCCAGCCUUACUGCAUCGUCGUACAGCGGAGCUACCAGCGGGUCAGGGUCUUUAUGAAUUGCAAAAGCAUCGUAAUAGUAUGAAUUGCAUUACAAAUUUCCUCAGCACGAGAAAUGGAAUUUGUAUUUAAUGCUGAUUGACCUUAGGAAAAAGAUUCGUAAUGCAUAAACGCGAUUACUACGAGUACGAUACUUUUGCACAGCAUAGUCUUUAACGGCGACCAACAGUAGCGCUGGUGCGACGAGCAAGGCAUCCUCUUCCUCUGGGGCCGGAAGCGGGUCUUCCUGGUCGGUCGCUAGUUCUGGAACAGAAUCUAGUGGUAGUGCCGUGUCACCGUCAAGAGAAAAAGAUAAAGAGGACCACCAGAACAACGACAACAUCAACGACGGCAGAGAUAAAUCUGUACUUUCCAAGACCUCUAUGAGCUGCUUCUCCAUGGGGCGCGAGAGCCGGGCGGCGCGCGGAAGUUCCUCGCCGGGGGCAGCCAGUGGCGGGACCACGGCGAAACCGGCCGGCCGGGCGUGGACGCGGUCGGUCGGGGAUGCGGAAAUUGACCUCGAGGGCCUGGAGGACGGACCGGAGACUGUAGCCAUAAAGGAUCGCGAAACAAAGGCAGAGAAGACAUCAAAAUCACGCAAGGGUACAACUAGUAGUAAAAGCAAGCGAGGAGACACUACUGAAGGCGACGCCACUCCCGGAGCUUCCAGCACGACGUCCCCCAGCAAAUCGCCCAGCAAAUCGCGGAAAAGCUCCGCGUCGAAGGAAAAGAAGCACAAAAAACACCACAGCAGCUCUAGUUCCUCCUCCCACCACCGGCGAUCGGUAUCGAACUCGCCUGAAAAGGAGAGAAAGGAGUCCUCGUCCACCCGGGACGACACUACACACCACAAGCACUCGAAGGAGAAAAAAGACCGGCAUCACCACGAACACAAAUCGUCGAGGAAAAAGAAGUCAUCGGACCACGAUGCUGAGGAGGUAGAGAAGGAACAACAACAAGCUGAAACAAAGGACAAAGAGAAGAAAGAAAAUAAGCACAAGAAGUCUUCGGACGAGGGGGCAGCUGGUGCGGAUGACAAGAAGGAGAAGCGGAAGAAGUCUACGGAUGAGGCAGAGGUGGACAAAGAAAAAAAGAAAAAGUCCUCCUCGUCGAGGCACACGGAGAAGGACCAAAAGAAAGAAUCAAAGUAGUAAAAGCAGCUCUUCUACUUCUUGUAAAGAGGUAGAGUGGGCUCUUGGACAACUACAAUGAAUGAUCGCAAUAGAAGGUUUUACUAGUUGUAGCUACUUCAACUACUUCUCUACAGCAGAAGAGUUGGGCUUCUCCUCCCAGUGCUUCAACAUCAACGCAGGACCGACGUUCAUGACUUUUUUCUGGUCUAUUGUCACUUUAGCAUACCUCAUCCGGGCGGCUGAAAAAAAUGCACCUCACUACGACAUCAAAGAAAAAACAGGAAAUCGCUUUUGCUCUUUCGAUUACACAUACGAAGUCGAGGGUGUCAGGAGGCGACGUAUUUCGGCAUUCACUAAUUUUUCAACUAUGUAGUUUGUGGCCGCAGUUAUUUGUCUGCCAGGCCAUGUUCAGUUGGCAAAAAGAAUAAGAAUAAGGAAGGCGGGGGUGCAAAUCCAGCUCCUGAUGGCAACACCAAUGGCAAGAAGUUGGAACAUCGAGGAGCAUUCUUGUUGACUUUGUGAUGAGCAGCACGCAGGUCGUCUUCAAUGAAUAGUACUAGACUUUGCGAGACACUGUGGUGACAUACAUCAAAAGGAUACACUGUAGUACUGGAUGCCGCUUUUUCGUCUUUUUUUGAUACUUACAACAAACUGUGAAGUUGGUAGCGCGAAAACUGACCUG